AUGGAUGAUGAUCGAAUAAGCUCCUUACCAAAUGAUAUUUUAUAUCACAUUUUGUCGUUUCUCCCAACCGAAGAUGCUUUUACGAGUAGUCUUCUUUCAAAGAGAUGGAGUUCACUAUGGCUAUCAGUUCUCAAUCUCAACCUUAACGAUGAAGUAAAUGGUAAACCUGUUUCAUACUUUCCCAACCUUGUACAUACAGCCAUUUUCAAACGAAAUUCUGAUCAACCUAUAAAAAAACUUUGCUUAACGAUCAAGCAAGCACCGGAGAUAUAUGAUAUCGAGAAAUGGUUAAAUGGUGCAGCAGAACGAAAAUUGGGGCAUCUUGAAAUCCAAUUGUUCAACAUCAUUCCCCAUAAGCUGCUUUGUUGCAUUUUUAGUUUAAGAAACCUUGUGGUUCUCAAACUAACAAAAGUUUUGUUAUCUACUUUUUCUCAUUCUGAUUUACCCUCACUCAAAACACUACAUUUAAAGGAUGUUGAUUUUCGUCAACGUUGGUUUUAUUUUGAACUUCUUAAUGGUUGUCCAAUUCUUGAAGAUUUCGAAGCUAAUGGUAUAACUUUGGGGAACUUAUUAUCAUCUUCCCCCGCCGAUCGAGUGCGUAAAUGCUUACCCAAGUUGGUUAGGGCAAGCUUUUCAAACAUAUCAAAUUAUCCUUUCCAACCCUUUUGCAGUGUUCAAUCUCUUCACUUCGAAGAGGUGAAAGGCUGUAAUGAUUUGUUUCCUAUUUUUGAUAAUUUGACCCAAUUGGAGCUUUCUUUGGAUUAUAGUUGGAAAUUUAUAGUAAAAGUUCUCAACAACUGCCCUAAUCUUCAAAAGCUCGACCUUGAUAAGGUUAGUGAAAGCAAGGUAUUAUGGACUGAAAACGAUGUCAGCGAAAACUGGGUGGACACAAAUUUUGUUCCGCGAUGCCUUUCAUUGCACCUUGAAAGUUGUAAUCUUUACAACUUCUUUAGUGGUCUAAAAGGUGAGCUUAUGCUAGCAAGGUAUAUCUUGGAGAAUGCCAAAGUUUUACAGACCAUGAGAGUUUGGAACAGAGCUAGAGCACAGCGCAAAAUAAAAAGUGAAUUAUUGUCAUGCCCACGGGCCUCUGCAACAUGUGAAAUUGUGGUGAAAAAUGCGACUCAGAGGACUUAUGUUCGCAAGUUGGACACCACUAAGCCUAAGAGGGAAAUUAUUAAGCCAUUUUGGCAUAAGGAUUAUAUUUUCUAG